CCUAAGAACCAUGCAAAUAACCCAGGCCAACGGUCCGGCCAACGGAGUGGUCCAGCAGCAGAGCCCCGCCGUAGGCUACGGGCGCCGAGCCGCCAAGACACCCCAUGGAGUGCCCUGUCUGCUUGUAGUCUCCAUCUUCCACCUCGUUCUCGGAGUACUGAGCGUUGGACUCGGCGUCGCAGCAAUCAUCCUUCAGUGUGCGUUUUAUGAGUCCGGGUGGGCGAUCUGGAGUGGAACCCUGUUUUUCGCUGUGACUGGUAUCCUGGGCAUCAUCGCUGCGUGCAUUAACAGGAACAAAUGCUUGAUAAUCGCCUUCUUGGUCAUGUCCAUCCUGUCUUCGGUCGUUGCUGGUCUACUGUUGCUUGAAGCAGCUAUCGGGGCAAGCUUGGAGAUUCAUGAUCCUAGUUGCACGAAACAGUAUUACUGGCACGACGGUCAUUACGACAGUGAAUACUGCGUCUCUUCCUGGCAAUCUCGCCUUGCCGUGGACGUUGUGAUCGCAGUGGUUGCUUUGGCUGACCUUAUCUUUAGCAUCGUGGGUUCGGCGCUCUGUUGCUACGGCCUGGCCAAAUUCGUGCCCACCAACACCUCCGCUACGGAGAUGCAGGUUCGUUACGUACCUCAACAACAGCAGCUGCGGCAGACUGUUACCCAGUUUGUUCCCGUCAUAAACACCCAGCAGCCGCGGCAACAGCAACCGUAUCAGAUGCAAGCCGCACCAGCAGCAGCAACUCCCGUGCAAGGUGGAUUCUUAGUGAGUUCCCCGUAUGUUGGUCAAGGCCUGGUUCCCACCCAGCAGGUCGGAGUAGCUACCCAGCAGAUAGGUCUUCCUCAACAGCACUCUGGCAGAAGCACCCCACUCCUUGAUGUCUCCCAGCAGCAUUCGGGACGCAGCACUCCUCAACUGGUUUAUGUCCAACAGCCUGCCGUUGUUCCUGUUGUUGUGCCUCCUCAGCCGAAUUUGGUUCCUCAACUGCAAGUUGGUCUUCAGAGAGAGCAGGCGAUUUUCCAGCAAUCGGGGGUUCCUAUCCAACAGGGAGGUGGUUCCCAACAGGUAGAGGUUGGUUCCCAACAAGUAGGGAUCGAUUCGCAGCUAGUGGGCAUUGGUUUCCAACAAGAAGGGGUUGGUUCCGAACAGGUUGGCAUUGGUUCCCAACAAGUUGGCAUUGGUUCUGAGCAAGGAGGGUUUGGUACCCAACAAGAUGGCAUUGGUUCCUAUCAAGGAUCGUUUGGUUCCCAACAGGUUGGCACUGGUUCUCAACAAGUUGGCAUUGGUUCAGAUCAAGGAGUGUUUGGUUCUCCUCAGGUGGGGAUUGGUUUCCAUCCGGUAGGAAUCGGUUCUCCGCAGGUUGGAAUCGGUUCCCCACAGGAGAUGGCUUCCCAGCCAGCAGGGAUGGCUGCUGAUCCGCCGGCCACGCUCCAUGGGUCUGAUGAGAGGGAGACGGUUCAAGAUCAGGAGAUUGGUGAACUGCAAAUGGGAGGAGACGAGCAGUACCGGGACGACAAGCUACUCCUUGUCGACACAGAUUAGAUUUUGGAGUAAUCGAAGCAGAUCAGACUCUAUAGUAAUUGCAACUUAUUAGAUUAUGUAGUCAUCUGAAAAGAAUUGGAAUAGGCCUAUAAUUUGCAGUAAUCGAAACUGAUCGGAAUAUGCGGUAAUCGCAACAGAUUAUGUAGUUAUCGCAAACGAACACAUUAUCGCAACAGAAUGUAGUGAUCGCAAAAGAUCGGAAUCUGUAAUAAUUGCAACAGACUAGAAUGUACACGUAAUAAAAGCAGCGGAUGGUAGAUUCUGUCGUUAUCAGGAAAAAAAAAAGAAUGAUUAUAAACUCCAGUAAAUCGAGAUUGUGUAAUAUGAUGAGACUCGUGUAUUGUAUUCUGUGCCAUUAAAAACCGUCAUUAGGCUCAAGAAUAUUUUCGCCAAAUUAAUAGUUAAAAAAUGCCCUUUAUUCUCCGUACAUUGAUGAUGAUAAUAGUGGCAUCGAGUAAAAAUAAAGGCAAACUUGAAUGUAACCUUAUUAUUUUGACAGAGAUUUAUAAGAAUAUUGCAGCUAUAAGCUCACAGUGUCAUAGACGCAUGGCGUCUAUUUUAUUUUUGACAGAGAGUGAUUUCUUUAUGGCUUAUCAUUAUUUGUGUGUAUAUAAAAUUGUCGUUUUAAUUGUCUUCACAAUUGUUGACGAAGUUUAGCUUAGCAGUGGUGCUAAUUGAAUCCUAUAGGUAUUUUGCAUCAUCCAGCAUCAUUCAGCCAUUUUUUGUGUUCCAAAAAUUCUGCUUUUCAAUUUGUUCUAAAAAUUGCUAUCUUUAUAAAUCAUUUUAGGCCAGGAUGAAACAGAAACUAUAGAGUUUAUAACA